AUUUUAAUGAUAUUUUGUAUGGUUCACGCAAUGUUUCCUUUCCGUUUUCCGGGUGUAACUAACCAAUCAGGUUCAGCUUCACUCUUUGUCACAGCCAAUCACCUCGCACGCAGCCCUUUUGGCAAGCAUGUCACCGAUGAAGCUGUGUGUUCCUGGUGAUAAACUUUGCAGUGUAGAAGCCUGUACUCCUGGAACAGGAGUAUACCUGCGGCAUGGCUACAUUUAUUCCUCACUAGCGGGCUACGUGCUCAAGAAAAACGAAGGCGAGCAGUUACCAGUCAUAUCUGUUGUGAGAGAGACAGAAACCCAACUACUGCCAGAUGUCGGUGCAAUUGUCACUUGUAAGGUGACUAGCAUCAAUCCCAGGUUUGCCAAGGUCCACAUUCUUUAUGUCGGCUCCACACCGCUAAAGGACCGCUUCAGAGGAACUAUCAGAAAAGAAGAUGUCCGGGCAACAGAGAAAGACAAGGUGGAGACCUACAAAUGUUUCAGACCUGGAGACAUCGUCCUAGCGAAAGUGAUUUCUCUGGGUGACGUGCAGUCGAACUACCUGCUGACGACGGCUGAGAAUGAGCUUGGGGUGGUGGUGGCCCACAGUGAAGCAGGUGCACAGAUGGUUCCAAUCAGCUGGUGCGAGAUGCAGUGUCCACUCACACAUGCCAAAGAGUUUCGCAAAGUGGCAAGGGUCCAGCCAGAGUAUCUGCAGGCAUGACAAUCCUGAGACUAGUUUUUGUCCACGAGGAACACACAGCUUCCCCCUCCCGAUCCCCGGCUGAAUGAGGAACGUCCCUACUUGUUUUGGUAACUAUUAUGUCUGCACAUUUUGUCAGAAUAUCAGCUUGGAAACACGACUGCAACCUUUGAGCCAGCUGCAAUAUCGAAUGGACACAAUGUAAAUACACUGCUCUCUUUCCAGCAGUUAAGUUGUUGUGCUAAUGAAUUUGUGUUGCAUGAACAUCAGACCUUAAGCCUCAUCUUAUGUUUUGGACUCCAUUAAGGAGCAAUUUGGAUGCAGCUUAAUGACACUGGUUGGUUUAAAAAUGGCCCAUUAUGUUUUUCAGUUUUUAUGUCCUUGUUCUCUCUGUUUUUUUUUUUUCCCACCACACACCAUCGAGCCCAUUUGUAUCAAGUUAAAUUCCUUGUUUUGCAGCGUACAGCAAACAUGCGUUUUUUUCUUUUUCUUAAUGAAAUGAAUAACACUUUUCUAUCAAAUUGCAGAUGUUAGCAAGAAUUCAAUAAAACAGAAAUGUAACCCCCCA